AUGAAGAUUAGACAACAUAACUAUAGUAAUAGUCUUGAUUUCUAUUAUUAUCAUCAAGAGUUUGAGAAGCAAAGUAAACAGUCUUUACCAUAUGAGGUGCCUGCAGAUCAACCAGGUGUCUUGUCAGAGUAUCUCUCUUCUAAACCAUCAUCAUCAUCAUCUUCAUCAUCAUCAUCAACAACAACAACAACGACAUCUCAAAAGAACAAACAAGAUGUUCGUAAAGAUAAACAUAACAACAACAAUAUCAACAAUAACAACAACAAUAACAAUAGCAAGAAGGAUAAAGAUAAACAACAAGAUAGCAACAACAACAACAACAAACAAACACAUGUAAUAACAACAAAUGGACGAAGAGCAUCUCUAUCGUCUUCAGCACAGAACACUCCAAUUUUGAAAGCCAGUGGCAUGGUAACAUUGUCUCCAAUGUUCCUGAGUCACGAGGCUCAAACACUGUUGGCUCCACCGCUUAUACGUCAACCAGCUGCUCGUCGUGGACCUGGCCGCCCAAAGAAAGCAGAUAUCGAACAUCAAAGACUGUACGAUCUACAGCAAGAACUCAUUGAGGAGGCCGAGUCCGUGGGCAGCGAGUUACUCUUGGGCAGAUUCCCAGAGUUGGAAGACUUGCUUGCAUUGAAUAGCGCUAGGAAGAGAAAGCGCAUCAAGAAGGACAACAAUGACAAUAUGAACGACGGCGAAGAAGACGAUGAGGACGAGGACGAUGAUGAAGAGAGCGAAGACGAUAGUGAUAGUGGCUCGGUUGAUUCAAUGCCCAUUGUCAAGAGGUAUUCAUUUAACAGUAUCUCUGAAGAUGAAUCAUUUGACAACGACGAUCUGGUCUCGUCCGAGAUGGAGAGUGAUCCUGACGAUUACGACUAUCACGAGCCCACAAAGAAGAGAAAGAGAGGUGCGCCCGCUCCAAAGUCGUCCAAUGCACAAACAUCAAACAGCAGCAAUGGAAAGUCGCCAAUACUGAUGGCAACCAAUGGUGGUGCAUCACAAAGCAAUGCAGCAAUGAGUGUGAAGACCAGGGCGGCAGCAGCGGCAGCAACCUCCUCCACCACCGAGUCACUGGGCACGCCAUCAACACCCACCCCUGCAGCAGCUACAGCAAAGCCGACAGCAACCUCCCCUUCUGCCUCCGCUACACAAACUUCACCUUCAGGUGGUCCAACACCGCAAAAGAGAGGACCUGGACGACCUAGAAAGCACCCAAGGUCAGAGGAAGAGGUGGCCAAAUAA